AUCCUGUCUUCCAACGGUGGCCAAUACCAGGUACCCCAGAGGCAAUGAACAUAACAGAGGACUCCAGUGUCUCACAAAGUGAUUGAGAAAAGAAGGAGGGAUCGGAUCAAUCGCUGCCUCAAUGAAUUGGGGAAGACCGUGCCAAUGGCUUUGGCAAAGCAGAGCUCUGGGAAGUUAGAGAAAGCUGAGAUCCUGGAAAUGACUGUUCAGUAUCUGCGAGCCUUGCAUUCGGCAGAUUUCCCCCGUGGCAGAGAAAAGGAGCUUCUAGCUGAGUUCGCCAACUAUUUUCACUAUGGAUACCACGAGUGUAUGAAGAAUCUAGUCCAUUACCUGACCACAGUGGAACGGAUGGAGACCAAAGACACCAAAUAUGCUCGGAUCCUGGCUUUCCUGCAGUCCAAAGCUCGCUUUGUCACCGAACCCAUCUUCACCACUCUGGGAUCGCUCCCAGAACCGGACUUUUCCUACCAGCUUCACCCAGCUCCGGAGUGCCCGGCUCACAGUCCCAAUGAGUCUAUGUUUCAGCAGGGAUCCGGGGCUCCGUUUUCCUGGCAUGGUCCUGCCAGAAGCCCCACCAUCCCUUACCUUCCCAACGCUGCAAUGCCCCUCCCUAACCCCGGUCAGCAACGCAACUCUUUCCUGUCGUCAGUUCAAGGUCUGGACAGACAUUAUCUCAACCUGAUCGGCCAUUCCCACUCCAGCACCUUCAGUCUGCCCCACGGCCAGCAUCCCCCCUCUGUGCUAUAGAGACUCGGCCUGCAGGCUGCAUAUUUAUGUCGGGGAAAGAGUACAUUAUCCACAGUCGCAUACACCGUACA